CAUUUUUGCAUUACUUUUACAGGAUUCUAGUUCUCUUACUCGCAUUUAAAGAAUCGUAAGGAGUUUUUCUUUCUAUACUACAACCUAGCUGAUGAGUACUUGGAAGAAUGGACACCUCUCAGCUCUUUGGUUACAGUGUUGUUAGUCCUGCAGAUUUAUCAAAUUCAUACUCAUAUUCAUAUUCAUACUCAUCCUCCCAUCCAACUAUUUCAUCAGCAACCUACAACAAUAAGUUAUUUGAUUCCACAAAAAUCAGUUUCGGAAGUUCUCCUAGUUCACCCUUUGCUUCGCACGUGGACUCCGAGGAAUUCACACCAUUUAGCAGCAGUCCAGACAAUCAGCACAGCUCCACAGAAAAUCUAUCCAUCGCAACUCCUUGGAAUUCUUCGUUCAAGAAAAACAGUUACUUCCACAUGGAGGAUUAUCAUCAGGAGGACAGUCAAUUGUUUCAUUCUAGUGGAGAUGCAUUCUUCAAUAGUACUACAAACUUAGGAUACACAUUGAGACAACUCGAAUCUGAACUCAUGGGACCUGAUUGUGAGGAAGAAGCACCCGUCAAUAAUAAUAAUAAACGACACAAGUCCAUGGAGGGAGCGUCGUUUCAGGGCUUCCCUUCUCCCGUAAAUUUGAAACACUUGCUCGUGUCUUGCGCUAAGGCUUUGUCCGACAAUAGAAGCAAUGAUUUUGACACUAUGAUCAGAAUAGCUCGUCAAUCGGUCUCCAUUACUGGGGAACCGAUCCAACGGUUGGGAGCUUAUAUGGUGGAAGGAUUAGUGGCUCGAAGGAACUCAUCGGGUACUAAUAUAUACAAAUCUCUACGUUGUAACAACGAGCCGGAAGGGAAUGAUUUACUUUCCUACAAACAGAUUAUUUACGAAAUCUGUCCUUAUUUGAAAUUCGGUUACAUGGCAGCUAACGGUGCCAUAGCCGAAGCAUGCAGAAACGAGGACCGAAUUCACAUAAUCGACUUCCAAAUAUGCCAAGGAACUCAAUGGACAACUCUCUUACAAGCCCUCGCGGCUAGACCUGGCGGUGCCCCUCACGUUAGAAUCACAGGUAUAGACGACCCUGUCUCAAACUAUGCCCGUGGAGGUGGUUUGGAAUCUAUAGGCACACGUUUGGCGUCAAUAUCGAGUAAAUUCAACAUCCCGAUCGAAUUCAACCCGAUUCAUGUCUUUUCCCGCGACAUGUUGGAUGUUAGACCGGGAGAGGCGUUGGCGGUGAAUUUCCCGCUUAAGCUACACCACAUUCCGGACGAGAGCGUUGACGUGGAGAAUCCAAGGGACAGUUUAUUAAGGAUGGUGAAAUCGAUGAAUCCAAAAGUGGUUACUUUAGUGGAGCAAGAAUCGAACACGAACACCCCGCCUUUCUUAACGCGGUUUGUGGAGACGUUGGAUUAUUACCUGGCAGUGUUCGAGUCAAUUGAUGUGGCGCUACCACGGGAUAGAAAGGAUAGGAUAAACGCGGAGGAGCAUUGUCUGGCGAGGGAUAUAGUGAAUGUGAUAGCAUGCGAAGGAAAGGAUAGGGAGGAGAGACACGAGUUAUUUGGGAAGUGGAGGUUGAGGUUUAUGAUGGCGGGAUUCAAGCAAUACCCUUUGAGUUCGUAUGUGAACUCGGUUAUAAAAAGCUUAUUGAAGUUUUACUCGGAAAAUUAUAAGGUGGUGGAGAUGGAUGGAGGUUUGUUGUUGGGGUGGAAAGAAAGGAAUUUAGUUUCGGCUUCUGCAUGGCACUGAAGAUGAGAAUCGUCGCGUUUUGAUUCUCGAUAUUGUAUAGGCUUCUUUCAAGAAGAACGCAAAUUUUAGAUGGGAAUGCCUUAGGCUUCUUUAAAGAAAAUCGCAAAUUUUAGAUGAGAAUGCAAAGGCAUUAGUUGAAGUUUCCUUAAUUGAUAUUCUUAUUAAUUGUAUUAAUGCGUACUUGUAACACUAUUUUUCAUAAAUAAUA